AUGGAUUUUGAUACAGAAAAGUUCAUUUUAGAAAUCAAAGACCGCCCCGCAAUAUGGGAUAGCAAAUGCGCUGAUCAUCCAGACAGAAAUAAAAGAUUAAAAUGUUGGGAGGAAAUGAUUAAUAUAUAUGCAAAGGAAGAUGAUACACCAGAAGAAAAGAAAGAACUCGGUAAAGUACUUAUGAAAAAAUGGCGGAAUAUUAAAGAUAAUUUUGUAAAAGCUUCGAAAAAUUUAAAAAACAUGAAAAGCGGUUCAGGUGCCAAACAGAAAAGCCCAUAUACCUAUUAUAAUAUUUUAUUAUUCUUAAAAGACUCUACUAUGGUAAAAUAUGAGACAGAGUCAGACAACGAUCUUUCGCAAAAUCAUGAUGGCCCAUAUAAAACAUCACGGAAUGUAGCUAAUCAGAAAAGAAGGAAGAAAAGCAAUAAUGAAGACGUUAUUGGACAACAAUUGGUAUCAGUAUUGAAGAAAAACUUGGAGUAUAAAAAAAGAAAUGGAAAAUGA